ACCACAUGACAACAAAGUCAUCUCGAUCUCAGCUGCCUUACAGCACAGGUCACGAUAACGCCAUGGCGUCCUUUCAAAGCGACUUUGAAGACUACAGUGAUGGUGAGGAGGCCCCGAACCGGGGAAGUGAUUGGGAGUGGGACAGUGAGGAUGAGGAUGAUGAUUUUGAGGAUGAGAAAGAGAAGAAGGGAGAUGAGAAGAGGAAGGUAAAAGAGGAGAAGACAGAGGAGGAAGGCAAAGACAAGAGGAAGAGAGAGGAGGGAGAGAAAGAUAAAACCCUGUCACCUCCAUCUGGAUAUUCACGACUGAAUGAAGAUAGGUUACAUGCUGCCCUGAGGCGUGAAAUCCAAGAGCUCAAGACAAAGCUUGAGGAGAGUAACCGAACAAUCCAGGACUUGGAAGAGGAAAUAUUGGGGGAAAAGUCCUUUCACAAGGGCAUGUUUUCCAUGAACCAAAAACUGAUGAGUGAUCUGGAAGAGUUGAGGGAGGAAGCAGAAGAGUUGAGGAAAGGGAAAGACGAUAUUGAGGCCGAAGUUGAAUACGAACAAGAGAAGAAUAUAAAGAUGCAAGACCUCCUACAGGAGUUGGAAGACGAAAUAAAGGGUGAAAAAGCCUAUCACAGGACCAUGCGGGUCAUUAACGAGAAACUGAACAGAGAGGUGGAGGAGAUGCGGGAGGAAGCAGGAAAGUUGAAGAAAGGAAAAGAUGAUAUUGAGGCCGAAGUUGAAUACGAACAGGAGAAAAAUAUAAAGCUGCAAAAUGAUCUAGAAGAGUUGAAGGGGGAGGCAGAAGAGUUUGAGAAAGUGAAGAAUACUCUUGAAGCUGGCAUUAAACACGAACAAGAAAAAAAUGCCAACCUGCAAAGGGACCUGGAAGGGACUAAAAACGCUUCAGAGGAAUUUGCAAAAGUGAAGGAAUCUCUCGAGGCCAAGGUCCAGCAGGAACAAAAUGAGACUGCAAGGCUGAAAAGGGAGCUGGAAGAGACAAAGAAGGCUUUAGAGAGAUUUUCAAAAGCUAAGGAGUCUCUUGAGGUCACAGUUCAGCAAGAACAAGAAGACAAUGCGAGGCUGAUCAAGAAACUGGAAAUGUUUCAAGGUGCUUUAAGGGAUGAGAUUGCUGCGUUGAAAAAGGAAAAUGAGGCCUUGGGGCGCUCAGUCAGCUUUCUCAAGGAGAAGAAUAACGAUCUCGCCAGGGAGCUGGCAGAGACUAAGAUGGUUGUUCUGGAAAAGGAGACUCUGGAGGCAACUGUAAAGAAGCUUGCUUUGCUCAACAAGAAACAAGAAAAAAAGCUAGAUUUCGCCAAGAAGGCAUACAGCAAGGUUCUGGCGACACUUCAGAAGCUGCAAGAAGACACAGACCAUAGCAGCACGGCAGAGGACACCGAGGACUCAUCUUCAGUUGAGUCACUGGAGCCGACAAAGGACAACAGCACAAUCACUGAGGAGCUUGCAAACCUCACCCUGGAAAAAGCUGCACAGGAGAAGAAGAUCCUAGAGGCAACUGUGCAGCAGCUGACCUUGGAAAAUAAGAAACAAGCAAAGAUGUUAGAGGAUAGAGAAAAGCUGCAGGCUGACCUGGAGACCAGCAAUAAGGCAAUUCAGCAGUAUCUUCGUGGGAGCGAAAAGCUGCUGGCUGAGAAUGACAGGAUAUCUAGUAAACUGGAAAAGUCACAGAAAGCCUCAAACGACAAGAUCACCGCGUUACAACAGGCAAACGAGGCUCUGAAGCGCUCAAUGAGCGUUCUGACCGACAGGAACAACAUCUUCAACAGCGGAAUAGCAGACUUCAAGAGUGUGUUGGAGAACAUGAGAAAUGAUGAAUGUGGAAAGAGGAAAGACCCAGCCACACCAUCCAGACACAGGAUGGGGGAUGGAAGAAGGCUCAUCUUUGAGGGGCUGCCUGUAUUUGUCUAAAAUACGUUGGGGCAAUUCUGAAUCUUAACGGAAUUUUAAAUUGAUCCUCCUCUUUUCCAACACUU